GUUUGGCUUUGGAGUGAGUAGCCACAUGGUCUACGGUCGGCGCUUGUUAUCCCAGUCAUCUCCAGCUCGCAGUUCAGCCGUCCGCGGAAUAGGAGCUGGAUUGGAUAGCUGGAUGGACAUCCUGACGGUUUCAAAGGGAAAGGCAUGCACAAUCCAGCAGAAUAUUGCCAUAUUACUGUUCCCCCCUCAUACGAAGACCUCGAGGAUGAGAAAUACCGACCGUUCCCUCCUCCCGUAUCCUCGCUUUUUUCACAGUUACCAAGGAAACGGACCACCACAUCAGGCAGGAGCGCUGAAGACGAUGCUGAUGAGAAGAUUGGGGGCUUCCUCCUCUCACAAAUGGAAGAAGAGCCUAUGAUUUCAUGGAGAGAACCUCAGACUGAUCUGGACAUUGAAAAACUUUUGUCUGAGAAGGGCCUUUCUGCUCUGUGGGAUGUUCUCUGUAACACGACUUUUAAAGGACAAGGCUUUGAGGUGGAAAACCUGCAUACUCUCCUGGGAGAAGUGGAACACUGGGCCUGUCAGCUGUAUCCCCAACAUACAUUUGAUGAGCUCGUCUCUCAGUUAGAGAACUUGGGCGACCACUCAGCCAUACUGGGCCGCGUGAGAAGUUUGCACCAGGAGACGCCACCGUCCAACUUCACCCAGCCUGGAAGUGUUGACCUAGAGGAGGCAUGUGAGUCGCCACUGUUGAGUGAUUCAGAGGAGGGGCAGGGCACCACUCAAAGACAAAUUCUCGGAGCAAAGAAAAUGCCUGAUAAGGAGUCUCAUGUAGGAGGAGGUGUGGCGAGAACUCAGGAUCUUUUAUCUACAGGAUGAGGAGUGUCGCACCGCAGAGAUGUUGGAUGUUGUGACCUUUUUGGGGGGGAUGUAUGCAUUUUUCAAACAUAUACUUCACUUGUCACAUGCUUUUUAUGCUGGAGCUCACCCCUCUCUCGCUGGCAGUUUAUAAUGUGUCUGCUGCCUAGGGGAAAACAGUUAAUUGGCAUGAACUGCAGUCAGAUUAAAUGGGUCAUCUCAGCCAUUGAAAUCAAAUUGAUUUUAAACACCCUCUGUAAAUCCAUGUAUGUCUUUAUGUGGUGCACUGUCCUGUCUAAGACAUUAACAAAUAACAUUUAAUUUGACAAACUGAGCAGACACAUUUUGAAGGAGAAAUUAGAAAAUGGUUAUGCUGGUUUCUGAGUGGAU